UUACAACUUCAGUACAUCUCAGGUGUCAGUUGCGGAAGGACGUGAUUUUCGUUUUUGCUACUGUGCAUAUCGCUUGCCGUCGCCACCGCCGCGAGUUAGUUAAUUGUGACGACAACACAACGUUCGUGUUCUACUUUUGAUCCGACCCCACCCCCUGUGCUAAGUGUAUGAUUUCAACCCCUCCCCUUUCCCCUAAUCUGGGCACUACCGCCCUCGGUACAACCCUGUCCAUGAGAGCUCCCACGUUGACGCUGGACUAUUGGGGAGCCAUUGCAGCGCACCUCCGUGAAUGUGAGUGUGCUUAGUGUGAAGCUCUCUGUUUAGUGAACAUUUUAAAUGACUACCUUGGGCAACUGUCCACCGAACUGCAGUUCAGUGAGUAACAUUAGAUUUAGUUGCAGUUCAUAUGCGAGCUAGUGGAGUGUGAUAUCCGGUGACGUACACUGUGGAUAGUGUGGAUGGACCAGUCGUCAUUGGGGCGAUGAAGAAAUACUGAAUGAAACCCUUUGAUUCAUGAUCGUGUUGUACAAUUCAUCGAGCUUAUUAGUGUACAUUAGUGUAUUGUUUACUGUUAGCAAACCCAUUCCGUCUAAAACGGCAUUGAAAAGAAAAGUGAUUUUAACGAAGAAUUGCGAAAAAUCUGGGAGCUGAAAACGUACACACAUAAUAAUUGUGAUAGAGCUUUUUAGUGCUUAAAUGUUUACCCAUGCUAAUGACACUGUUAGCCUUUGUUCGUUAUUGAUUUGUAUGGUGCAAUCACCUGUAGUCGUGCAAUGGAUAAUCCCAGCUAUGGAUCUUCGCACAUGUCAUCGCCAGCGCUAGUUGUGUUCUCCCAGGCUGCGAAUGGAUUAAGUGACGCGCUUCGCAUUCAAAGACCAUUUAAUUCUCAUCUUCCGGACGCCAAAGACCUGCACCAUCUUUCGCUAAUGAGUGGCUACGGGGCCCAUCUGCUGCACGGCUUCCAGCCCCACUUCCUGCAUCCACUCAAUCCGGCCGUAUCGACGGCCAACGGAACUAGUCCCUUCGGUGGAGGGGGAGCGUUUGUUAAACCGUUUCCUUCGAACCUGCCGCUACCGUCUGCCUUCGCACCACCCAAAUGCCUCGGAUUUGGCAUCGACCAAAAUAUCUUUUCCAAGGGGCUGCUGUUCGGUAGCAGUAGCGGUUCGGAGUCUUUCCGAACGUCGGACUCGUCCAGUCCAGCAUGUGCAUCGUUAUCACCGCCGGCCAAGGAUGAAUCAAUGGAAGGCCAAACCAGCGAAGAAGGCGACCGAGAUCGAGAUCGGAUAUGCAGCCCGGAACGAAGUCCUGAAACACCUGGCUUCAGACAACUUCUAUCACUGUUCGGGCCUAAGAACCAUUUUUUGUCUUAUGUAGACGAUCAAAACAAGACAAUCAGAAGAAUCGGUCCUCCCAAGAAAACCUUCGUUGGAACUCCGCCGCCCAACUCGUGUCCCAUCUGUGGAAUCCAGUUGGCACCAAGUGACCUGGAGACCCACUUCUCUGCGGAAUUGACACGACUAACCAAAAUGAGCUCGGCAGCGGAACGGCUUGAAUUGCGACGAACUCUCAGCGUAGACAUGCAUGCGAUGCAAAACACCCUCCAAGGUCGCACCAGCCGAUGGGAAACGUUUAAAAAUAUUCGCAACAAGCGUCAGGAUCGCCUCCGGGGUAAGUUACGGAAGCGAAAAUUCGACGGUGAAGAUGGAUUUGGGCUGCAGCUUGGUAACCUCAAUUGCCAGUCCUGUCCGGUGUGUCACGGGCGGCUCCAACGGACGCAGGAGGAAAUUGCCCAGCACAUCGAAGAUUGUGUGAGGAAGCAACAGCAGCAACAUCAACAACAACAUCAUCAACAGCAGCAAAGCGGCCAAUCUUCGGCUCAGGACGAAGAUGAAACUGUCGACGUGGAAAGCUAUGGAGACGAAACAUCCAAUGGAGCCAUUAACAUGACUUCCAAUGUGAUCCAUCACACAAACAAUAGUUUACAUAAUAAUAACAAUAACAACAACAACACCCCAAUGAAACCGGACCCUCCGAUGACCAAACUUCCGCCCAUGGAAGAAAGUGCCAUCACAUCACUUAGCUCAAUCGUUCCCCAUUGGGAUAGGAAAAAUCGGCUGAAUCUACCCCUUAACUGUACGGCCACGUCCGACAACUCGAUCACCCGAGUAACUCCGACCAGUAGCGACCAGCGGAUCGACGUUGACUACGAGCAAGAUCACGACCACAGCCAGGAUAUGGUUACCGAUCACGACGAAGAGGUCAUCGUAGACAAUACGGACGACGAAGAGUGCAUCAAACGACCCCGACAAACUGGACUGGGCAGUCAUGUCUGCAACGGUAAUCCCGGAUUGGGUGUGGCACGUGACGACAAAAAUAGCACGGAAGAGGCAACUUCGUCGGUGGAAAUCGAUUCCGCCACGGAUUCGAUGACGAUACGAACGGCUGGCACGACACCCAACUCCGAUUCAUACGUGAGCACUUCGGAGCCCGCGGAACCAUCAUCCAAAGCCCAGGUGCUCGAGGAGCUUAAGGCCCGGAUACGAGAACUGGAAGGUUCUCCGCACUACAAAUGUUUCAUAUGUAAGGAAAAGUGUAAAGCUUUGAUUAUUUCGAAAAUAUGCGGCCAUUACCUUUGCGAGGAGUGCUGGAUCACCGAAACGGACUCCUCCAAAACAUGCCCACGUUGCAAAAUCAUCACCGCCAAUUCAGAUUUUAGGAAAAUUUAUGCAUAAAGCAAAUAGAAUUUUUUAUUUAUUUUAGAAUUGUUCUCCUUAAUAUUUAUUUAUUUCAGUUCAAGAUGUUCUACUUUUACAUCAAAAAUGUGUACAGUAAAAUAAAAACAAAAAAAUCUCACACUUCACACUUUUAAGGCAGAACUCACGUAAUAAAAAUCGAAUGAAUCACCAUGACCGAUGGAGUCAAUAUUCUAAUUCUUAGCAAACCCUUCCUUGGAAUAAAAUUUAAAAAAGUAAAAUGUGCAAUAAAUGUUUGAUUCCAUAAUAUGGAGAAUAUUCCCGAAAACAAGAUCAACCGAUCUAAUCAUACUCCACCUUUAGUGUAAAACAUUAAAUUUUGCCCAGUGAUAGAAGCCAUCAUCAGCCAGAAAAGUUUAUGGGAUAUCAAUCACUUUAUAAAAGUACACACACAGAAAUGAGAGAGCCAAGGGAACCAGGCUUAAUUGUUAUUUCUAUACAUAUUGGUACUAGAUAAUCAUGAGAAGCGGUUAGUCGAAAUACAUAGAAAUCUAUGCUGUUGUGUACAUAGCUAUAAUGAGUAUUACAUUCUAAGGUAAAUUAUUGCAUCCAAAAUAGCGUAAUGAUAUUCAGCCCCCCUUCCAAGAGAAAUAUUUUUCGCAUUGAUAAUAACUUUCUUGUAGUGUCAUAAAAAAAGAAAGAAAAAAAACAUUCAACCAAAAAGCGGAAGAGGCAACGAAUUCAAUUGUUUAUGUCAAAUUAAUAAAGUUAGGGAAGCUAAAUUUCUCAACUGAUGGUCAAUAAAAUCUAAAAAUCAAAAA